AUGCCCGCCACCGGAGGCAGCAGGGCAGUCCACGCACCGGCCUCGAAGCCCGCACCAAAGACGACUGACAAGGGCAGCAUGCGUAGAGAGAGCAGUGCGAGCGCCACGACGCAGCGGCCCGGCAUCAAGACGCGCGCAUACUCGGCUCCCAACGUCCCCAAGAGCGACGGCCAGCAAGCCAGCGAGCUCGACCGCACAGACGAGGACAACGAGGGCGAGGAGAUAGCCGACGAUGCCUUCUUCCAGCGAUACCACUUCCCCCAGCCCAUCCUCUCCACCCAGGAAGAGGAGGGCAGCAGUGCCGAGUCGUCGUCAGACACCGAGGGACCUCUGUCGCCUACUCACCACAAGGACCGCCAGCCAUCGCAAGACGCGGCGUCGGAGCCCUCCAACAGCGACUCGGCAGCUGCCAUCGUGCAGGACCUCAACAUCGCCGUCAUCGGCGCGCGGGGCUCAGGCAAGUCGACCUUCAUCCGCCGCGCCCUCGGCCUGCCAGAAGCCUCGACGACGGCCAAUUGCUCGCGGCGCAUGACAAUCGACGGCACCCCCUACAUGGUGCGCUUCCUCGAAAUGGCCUUUAGCGACGUGCACGUGGGCGACCGCAGCAUCAUCAAAUGGCCCGAGACGGUGCACGACUUUGCGACACCACGCAUGCAUGCCGCCGUCACCCUCUACGACGUCACAAACCACGAGAGCCUGAGCAAGGUUCCCGAAAUGCUAAGCACACUGUCCAAGGCACAAUUACCCUUCAUCCUCGUAGCCUGCAAGUGCGAUCAACACCCCGCCCACCGCGAGGUCGAUCCGGCCGUUGUGGAGCAGAAAGCAAAGUCCUUCAUUGGAGACGUGAGCGUGUUUCAGACGUCCGAGUCGUCACCGGAGACGCACCGAGGAUGCCUGUCCAUCAUCACUCGUGCAGCGAUAGCGGCCAAGCGACCCAGGUCCCAAGCGUCAAUGGCGCGGCGGCGGGCCAACUCUUCCGCGGUAAAAUCAAUCACCCAAAAGGACCUUUGGAGCCGCAAGCACGAGCGUGCUAGCUCGGAGAUCUCCAUGAGGUUUCAACGGGGUUCAAGCGAGGUCAAGGGCCACCGUUAUAAGCCCAGCGAUGCCAACAAAACUUUUUUCAACGCCGAAGAGUCGCCCGGCUAUGAUUCCCAGGAAUCCGAUGACCAGGACUCGGACGCCGGCCAAAGCAUCAUGUCGGUGAAGCCGUCGGAUGAAAAUGGCUACACUUUUGAACAGCUCGUCGACCGACUUCUCGCCCAACCCAUGUCCAAGAAUGACUCCAAAUUCGUCUCGGUGUUUCUGGCCCUGUAUCGGAGGUUCGCCACGCCGGGGCAGCUGUUGGAGGCCAUCAUCAAACGCUUCGAAAUCCAGAACAAGGAAAAAGAACUGCCCAUGAUCCGCAUCAUUGCACAGCUCCGCUACCUGUCAAUCUUGCAACAAUGGGUCGCCUACUACCCCGGUGACUUUGCCUACCCAACGACGCGUCGACUAAUCCGGAGGUUCGCAUCCUCGCUGGCGUUGAACCGCGAGUUCUCCGUCGCUGCAACUGAAAUUCUGCGCGAUCUUGAAAUGGUCACUGAAGACGACGACACCGACUGGGCAUGCAGCGACCGCCAACGCCACCAGAACGAAAACAUCCCGACAUUCCACAACAAUGUCCUCGACGAGGACUCUGAUGAAGACGAGUUUUCAAAAGCGCUAGGGCACAUGUCGAUGAGCAGUUCCACGCGAAACUCGGUUGCCCGGAGCAGCGUGACAGGCGGCGCAUCGUCUAUGAACGGCUCCAUGGGCUCAUCGCAAAUCCUGCUCACCCAGGUCGAAAAGAACGAACGACUGGCCCGACAACUAGAGCCCAACCCCAUUAAACCUCUCUCCAAGAUUCAGUGGCAUCAGCUCAUGGGCGAAUCGGACGAAGCCAUCGCAAAGGAACUUACCCGGAUAGACUGGAUCAUGUUCUCCUCGGUACGGCCACGAGACCUCGUACGCCACGUCAGUCUAAACGCCGAAGAGAAACAGCGAUGCAAGAACCUCGAAAAUGUCACACGCAUGACCGAGCACUUCAACCACGUUGCCUACCUCGUCACCAAUUACAUACUGCUGCGCGACAAGCCAAAGCAUAGAGCUCUCAUGAUGGAGAAGUGGAUGAAGAUUGCGCGACAGCUUCGAAAGCUGAACAACUACAACAUGCUGGGUGCCGUCAUGGCUGGCAUCAACGGCACAGCAAUUGGGAGGUUAGUCGCAACCCGCGAACUAGUGCCCCAAGCUACCAAUCAAGAUUUCUGGAAACUCGACAUUCUUAUGGGCCAAACGAAAUCGCAUUCCGCGUACCGCCUCGCCUGGGAGAAUAGUUCUGGCGAGCGCAUACCAUAUAUACCUCUCCACCGCCGCGAUCUCGUCUCCGCAUCUGAAGGCAAUUCCACCUUUGUCGGCGACAAGAAGAAGACGGAUUCGGCGUUGGCCCCGCACCCUGGCGUCAGCGUCUUCGAAGGUGUUGUGGGGAAACGCGAUAGUAGAGAGCCGCCUCCAAGUGGUGUUGUGGGUAAAGAGCGGAUCAACUGGCGCAAGUUUGAAAUUAUGGGUGAAGUUAUUGUUGGAGUACAAAGGGCGCAAGGGACGCCGUAUCCCAACUGGCAAAGAUGCGAAGAGGUGAGGAAUCUGAUAUUGGAUAUCAAAAUUAACAAGGAUGAUGAGGAACUCUACGAGCGCAGUACUCAUCUUGAAGCCGGCCGGGCUGAUGAGAAGAGUCGGAUUGCGAGAUGGUUCCGAGAGCGUUAGUGCGCCGCUUUCCCUUGUCACACUCACCCACCCAUUCGAGCUUUUUUUGGCCCUGCUAGCUUUUUCUUGUUCUUCAUCUUUCAUGUUGAGAUCAGAUAAGCUAAGUGUAGGGUCUUCACACAGCCGGGCGCUUGUCGCUGCCCUCGUUGCCGUCUUUGCCGAGCCUGCCCCCGGCGCAGAAUUAUCAAGCGGCUGCGAGCA